UUACUGGUUUAUCUGAGAGUUGACUUGUGUUGCAGGAGAAAGGUGUGGGAGAGGUGACCACAGCUGCACAUCUUCACUACCAGCAAGUCCAGGUGGAAGGUGAAGGGGGUUCAUCAGCCUCGUCCCUGUCGCCUCCCGUGGGCGGUGGGCUGGUGACGGAGGCCCAGCAGCAGAGGCCGCUCCUGGAGAACGACCCCGCCGCCCACACCUACACGGAGGAGGAGCUGGUACUGAUCGGUGGUGGAGCUCUACCGGAGAUGGAGACGAUAGAACUGGAGGUGACCAAAGACCAUCAGGGACUCGGCAUCACCAUCGCCGGAUACGUCUGUGAGAAAGAGGAACUGUCUGGUAUCUUCGUCAAGUCCAUCAAUGUUGGUAGUGCUGCCGAUAGGACUGGUCUCAUCCAGGUUAACGACCAGAUUGUACAGGUUGACGGGCAGAGUUUGUCCGGGUUGAGUAACCACGCUGCGGUGGACGUACUGCGAGCCACAGGUCAGGUAGUGCGGCUCCGUCUGGCUCGUUAUCUGCGUGGCCCCAAGUACGAGCAGCUGCAGCAAGCCAUCGCCAACUCAGAGCUCAAGACCACCCCUACCACUCCUAACCCACCUAGGGCUCCGCUGGGUGAGCUUCCGAGCAGUGACGCUAUACGCUCGGCUCUUGGUGAACUGGAACUAAGUGGAGAGGACUCACUCAUGGAGGCCAUCAACCCAGCACUCUCCCCACCUACCUCCUCGUCUACAAUCAUCGCCGACGUGCCUACCUUCCCCGCCAUCUCGAACCAGCCGCUACAGCAUCCUGCUUUAUCUGCUGGAAUCACCUCCUCCUAUGCGACCACCACCAAUGUGCCUCAGCUGUCAUCCGCCAUCCCUCAACUGUCAUCUGAUGUCCCUCCAUUGUCCUCUGGCAUUAAUUCCGAUGUACGCCUUGAAGACAUUGAGUUGAUGAUAGACAGCAACUACACCGGGGAGCUGCGACCCUCUGUGGAAAAUGCUAUUGAGCGAAAAUGGUCGAGGACUGUCGGACCAGAGUUUGAGAUUGUCGUUGCCCAGCUAAGCAAGUUUGAAGAAGGGGGUGGACUGGGCAUCAGCUUAGAAGGAACAGUGGAUGUGGAAGGUGGGAGGGAAGUUCGCCCUCACCAUUACAUCCGUUCCAUCCUGCCUGAUGGUCCCGUGGGAAAGAAUGGACGCCUGUGUAGCGGUGAUGAGCUUCUUGAGGUUAAUGGUCAGAAGUUACUGGGACUGAACCAUGUGGAAGUUGUUGGCAUCCUAAAGGAACUCCCUCGAUAUGUGCGUCUAGUUUGUGGUCGACGGGCACCAGGAGCUCCCCCACCUCUACACCCCAUUGAUGCGCCCACAGCAGAUCGUGAUGCCUUCGCUGCUAGGAAUAUUCUUGGUGGAUCCCUGCAAAACCUUAUCCCGGGAUCUGAACGUCUGGUAAAGGCCAAAUCUGAUGGAUCUCUAGCUUCCUCAGCCACGGCAGCCACCAACGACACAUCCUUCAACCGCAUGAAGAGUCGUAGCUUGGAGCCUCUCACUGGCCUGGCAAUGUGGAGUUCAGAUUGCCAGAUUAUUGAACUUACAAAAGGAGACAGAGGCCUGGGCUUCUCAAUUCUUGAUUAUCAGGAUCCACUAAAUCCUCAAGAGACUGUUAUUGUGAUCCGCUCAUUAGUUCCUGGGGGUGUAGCAGAAAAGGAUGGUCGUCUAAUUCCUGGCGACCGUUUGGUUGCCGUCAACGGAACCAAUCUUGAAAAUGCAACUCUGGAUCAAGCAGUGGCAGCCCUUAAAGGAGCACCAAAAGGCAUUGUGUCAAUUGCUGUUGCCAAACCUAUCAGCGUUCUGGAGUCAACUGGUCAGGUGAGUAGUGCCACAAAUCCUGUAGAGGGUGUUGAUGGCAACAAUUCGCAAACAGUGAUUGAGAAUUCUGGGUUGCUUGGAGUGUCUCCAGGAAGUUCUGCACUGGUCAAAUCUGAGAGCUUCUAAGACGUGUCAUUGUUGUGCUGCCUGGGAUAAUCCUUGCUUAAUUACACCUUGACUGAAGUAAUGGGUAAAACCAUCUUCAGUAAAAUGAAAUCUCUCGUUGACUUUACUAAUUGUAGUACACUAUGUUAUUAUUUGAUAAGGAAUAUAAUUCUGUAAAAUUGUAAGUCAAAGAAUGGUUGUACAUAAGGCAUAAUUAACAAGGAUUAACUGACUAUGGGGCCCAAAAAUUUUAAUAGAAUAAAUGGAAAAGGACAGUAGUUGACACAGGCAUAAAGCUCAUUCAUCAUAUAUAUGACAAUGAAUUUAUACAUGUGUAACUAACUAGUGGGUCUUUUUGGAGAUGGUCCACCCCAGGCCCCCUUUGUUGUGCAUUGGUCUUUGUUUUAUUUAGAUUUACUCACUAUUCAUUUGUGAUCUGUUGAAUUUAUGUUACGGUUGUGACAGUGUUGGUUGUCUCUUACGGCUGUCACCAGUAAGUCAACUAGACCCUUACAAUGCCUUGGCUAGUUUUGUCAUUUAUUAGUUCUACAUACCAGCUAUUAUUUACUCACAUGGAUGAAUUCAUUUAAUACAAGCAUUUGUUUAAUUAUCUUUAUAUUAUUUACACUCCAUGCAGAAUGGCUUAUUACUCACAUUGUUUUUCACUGCUGAAUAUAUCACACACAGCUCAUGUGAAAAGCAUAAAUUUUUAAUUCAUUUUCUUUGCAAUCGAGAUACUGUAACCCUAUACCUGUACUAUAUUAUAUAUUUAGGUUACAUCCUCACAGUUUUAUAUGACUAUGAGCACAUUUCUCUCAUUCUCUUUAUCAACCAAACUUGAUUCCCAACUGAGUGUGAUGCAGUAGGUUGGUCAGGUCUCACAAGCUUAUACACUGCAGUCCAUGAGAAUUUGCCCGCGAGGUGCCAUCUCUUGUUAAGUGGUCCCAUAUUCUUGACCUAUGACCUCUGUACCCUCGAACAUGGCAGCUGUAGGGGUUGUCAUGUUGAAUAUAAAUGCCAAAUGUGAAGGCUAUAACUCCUUCCAUUGUUGAGUUGUGGCAUAAAUAACUCAUGUGACCCUUUCAGCAUGAGUAAGCAUUGAUCUGUUGUAGAUUCUUGUGUGCACUUGAUAUAACUUUUGUAGUUGAGUAUAACUGGAAACUAAGUGAGAGAUAAGUGCAUGCUGUGGUCAUGUAACAUAGGUAUAGUUACAUGCUUAACAAAUAGAACAAACAAGAACUGUGUCCACAUGUGAAUAUAUCCACAUAUUUGUGUAUGUUCAUGCACAUAGACAGAUAUUAAUACAUAAUCUUGCACAAUCUUAAGCAGAAAUACACAAAACCCACUAAAGCUCACAAUGUACACACACUUGAAAAAUCAUGCCACAUCCAGUGAAUCAUUUACUGACAUCACAUAUUAAAAUCUUGUUUGAAAGGAUUGAGUAUAAUUCUUCAAAAGUAAAUACUGGUAGGUAGAUCGGUGAUUAAUUUUCCUCCCCAUAAGUCAAACUCAAAUGCACCAGUUUGUUACAGUAAAAUUCUUGUACAUGUGACAGCUUGAUCCAGGACCCUAAGAUUCUUUCCUUCACACCAGCCUUGUGCACAGUGAUAGAGUCUGUCAUCCUCCCUGGCUCUGAAAUCCCAAUAGUCUUACCAGAAUGAUCCUACUGUACCUAAUAAGUCUUUUAUAUCCUGAACUUUCUGAAGAUGACCUAUUAGCCAGUGAGAGAGAUUCUUUUAUAAAUACUAUAGUGCUGAUGGAUGGAUGGCAACAAGCAGUCAUUACAUAGUGUGUGGUCUUGUUGGGAGGAACAAGGUAGGGUGUUCCCCAUACUCAUGUUCACCAAAGAGUGUAAUAAAAAUAGAUUCAGGCGAGAAUUCCUGGAUUUUUUUUUUUUUUUAUUAAUAGCAACAUUUAUUUAAUUUCUUUUGUAAGUAACGUAAUUGUAGUGGGAGUGGAGGGGUCAGUUUCCAUAAAAAAUCACCACAGAACUUAAUUUCAAAUAAAGUCCUAAUGUAUGCAGUCUACUGUGAUGAGUGGAAUAAAAGGACCAUUCUGGAAACCAUGGUGAUCUAAAGUACUCUUAGGCAGAUUAUCAUUAAUAUGAUCUUGGAUAAUCGUUAGUUUACUUCUCCGUGACACACACUCCUGCAGGAAAUACAACACAUACAGUAUCUCGAUUGCCACUUUUGUGUUUGUCCACAUAAGUUUUAAUGCUUUCAUUUUUAUCUUGCUUUCAAUUGCUUAAUUUUUUUGCAAAACAAGUUCUUAACUUUGCAUUAUGAUACUUUUGCAUUGUGGGAAUUUGAUAUAAAAUGCUCACUUGUUCCUUGUUUAAUAUCUUCUUCUGUACUUAGGCAGAACAGUAAUAAUUCAAUGUGAAUUUUUUAUAUUUUAUGUCACUGAAACUUUUAGAAAAUUUCAAGUAUUAAAACUUAGAAAAACCCUUUAAGUCAUGUCGUGAGUAAACCUCAACGACUCUGAACCUCUGCUAAUGUCUGUAUGAAGUGAGAUUUAUAUGAUCCUUUUAACUAAAUUUUGUCAUGUAAGAUUAUUGACUACAAAUUAAAGGUUUUGUGCAGACAUAGCUGGUAUGUAUUAAAUUAGAAUGCUCCAGGUGGUAUCAACAAACAGAAGAAUGAUCUGAAUUGCUGUGGUUGCCCUUACCUGGAUCAGUUUUGGAAUUUGUUGGAUGUUUGCAAGUGAAGCACCAUGUUCUAUAUGCUGUAGGACCACGUAACUUACCAUUGCUCCGCGGUCACUGCAGAGCGACUGUAAGAGAGGGACCAGUGUGUUGAUACUAAAGGCUGACGAGUCACUGUCAGACUUAUUCAUAAAGUUAGAUUGUACUCUCGGUUAUACCUGAUACUGAAGCUUAAUUACUAUUCAGGCUUCAGUAUGUAGCAGGAAAGGUGCUGGUAUUGGGAUGUGCCUGUUUGAUAUGGUUAUUGUUUGACUUAGGAUAAGUUUCAGUGCCACUCAUAUUAAUGUACAGCCUACUGAGGAAGAGUGUCCAGUGGAACAAAGGCUCCAGACAUCUGACCAUGCAACUUUGCACACUUGAUUGCAUUUGUAUAUAUUGCACUUGAGGACCAUUUAAGUUUUAAUUGCCAAGCAUGGUACUGUACUGGAUAACUUUGUAAUGUGUCCAGUGAAAUUGUUUGUCCCAUUGUAGCCAUUUUUCUAGUUUGUUUUGCUUUUGGAAUUACAUUUCCUUCUCAGUCUGGUUGCAUGUGAAGUUGUCAACGAACGGUCAUUGACAUAUAUGCAAAUAAGAUUUAACCCUAAUGAAAUCUUAUUUUCCCCAUUUGAAAUGUUCUUGCUUACUGACGCCCACCACAUCAGGAUAUAGGCUAAUAUGGAAUGGAAUAUCUGUUUCUUGGUACAGUACAUAUUUUAUUGGAUGCAGAAUAGGGCUUGUUUCCCCAUUAAUAUUUUACUUUUGGUAGUGAGUACAUUCAACGAUGCUCCUUAUCAUGUUCUUCUGUAUUCAGUCUUCACAAUGUGUUCAUAUUUGAAUUGUAAGUACAGUAGUUAUUCUUGAACUAAGAGAUUCUAUAUAAUUAUAUAAAGAUAUUUUGAUACUGUAAUAUGCAUGAAAUGAGUCAUAAUAAGGUAAGUUUUAUCCUGGAAGUUUUAUUAUUGUGCAUCUCUGAGUCACUCAUGUGAAUCUCGUUGGUAUGAAUGAAGAUUUACCUAGUGUGAACCUGUAAGUGUGAACCAGGAGGUCAUGUCUGUACUGUUGCUCACUCUUUGUUUUGUGUAUAUGAAGAGUUACUAUUGAACCCCUUGAAGAGUUUAGUUAAGUGUCUGUGGGCAUGUUAUGUUCUGAAUACAGGAUGAUUACUAUUGGGAAAGAUUGAUGAUAUGAACAUUUCAAAAUCCUACGUUCUGCUCUGUACGAAACUGUUGCUUGACUCAUUAUACUGUUGAUUAAUAAAUUUGUAAAAUAAU